AAACAAACGGAUUCGAUGGCUGAACAGUUAAAUAUUCGACCUCGUAAGCGAGCUAGACAGCAUGCUAUUUAACCAUCAGAAAGCCUUUUACGCUUAUACGACACUUUUACCUACAAUCUUAUGUGGUGGAUCGAUAUAAAUGACUGAAACACUUAUUUCUUUCUUAUUAAAACAAUCGCAGUUUCCUUCCUUUAGUGCUGUCUCAAUUGGUGAGACUGUCCAUUGUCUAUAUGUACUCGACACUGUUAGAUUUGAUUGCAAUAGUAAACACUUCUCAGAUCAUUUAAGCCAUUUCACUGCAAUGAAAAUUAAAGAUUUGGGAAGAAAUGCACCUGACAAUUCUGCUUGGAUUUUAGCGCUGAUAGUCCUUCAUUGCUGUUGGAUUUAAUGUGGUGAAGAGCCCCUGAAACCAUAGCGUGAAAAGGGAAGACAAUGGACUGGCAAGGUGACUUCCUGAAUGACCAUGCAUUUGUGGAGCUGCAGAUGGAAGGAAUCCCCAGUGAGAUGGACAUCCAAAACCUGAUCAGAGACACAGAGGAGAAACUCAGACUUAACGCCUGCAGCAUUGAACAGAACCUGAAGGAACUGCAGGCCAAGGUUGGAGAGGCCAGUAGCGGAGAAAGAGUUCCCAGUCCAAUAGAAUGCCUCCAGUGGUUUAGUCAGCGCAACUUGAGCAUCCUGAAACCAGUGGCUACGGGACACCAAGAGCUUCUGGACUUCCUUCGAGCUUUGCAAAACUCACUAAAGGCAGAGGAUGCUUUUGAAGAGGCUAUUCUACAUUUACUACUGAACAUCUCUACUCAAUGUGGCGUUGCUUUCCCUACCUCCUGCCCUGCAUCUAGCGAAGAGCAUUCCUCAUCUCCUAACUUAUCCAUGCCAUGUGAUGACCUUGCUUUGGAAGUCCGGAAGGCAUGGGAUGAUGUUCGUUUCUCAUUGCGGAGCCACUUACUUCGCAAACUCCAGAUGAUGACUGAACCAAGCAAGACUGAGGGAGAACUGAGUGUUGGGACCAAGGUUCCUCAGAAGAUCUUCUACCUUCAGCAACUGUUAUUCCUCUACCCUGAAACAAAGGUCUUCAUCUGGUACCAGCAGCUUCAGAUCAAGGCCGUCCUCAGUGUUCUCCAAAACUGCCAGAGCUGCAUUCCAGGAGGGCAGAAGGGCUUCGACAGACUGACUCUGGGGUUUCAAACUGCCUCUCCAGCUCUUUGCUCAAUGCUUCGGGAGGAAAUACAUGUGCUUAAUGGAGUUGCAGAACCACAUAAGAUCAUUGCCUUCCUUAACCACGUCUACCUGAACACAGUGGCACAGGAACUAGGUGUGCUGAUGGACAAGGAGGUCGAGACCGCACUGAAAGACAACACUACGCACAGCAUGAAAGGAGGCAAGAUGUCCAGCAAGAAGUCUGCUGUAGCUCCUCAGCAUCCUCCCCAGAGAGAGCGAAGCUUCAGCCUUACCUCCCAUCAGCUCAGGUGCCUGACCCAGCUGACCAACACCUUACUGGAGCUGGAACAAACUGUGGAGGACCUGGCAACCCAUCUGGGGUUCCUUAACUGCGCUGGAGAAUCAGUAUGCAGUGGCAAAGGGGUCCUGAAGAAGGUCAGGGAUGAAAUGGAGGUGACGGCAGCAGAAGACAAAGCCGCUACUGAUCUUGUGCCGCAAAGCACAGAGGUGGUGUGCCUGGAGUUUGGUUGGAGGGCUGCAUUCAGAGCCCUUGUUCCUCAGAUGGCUCACUGUGUGAAGGUGGUGCUGGAUGACGUUUGCAAUAAGAAUCUGCAGCAGGAGGAAGCCACACAUGCAUUGGGCUCUGCCGACAUCCUCGUCACCCCUGUUACCCAUAGUCAUGGCCCAGAAAGAGACUCUCCCAGGAUGGUGGCCAAG